AUGAAAUUAUUAUUAAUUGCACUCUUAGUAUUAGGAAAUACAUAGUGGAUUACAUCAUAUGAGGCAUUCCAAACAGAAGAAUUUGAUUCUUUGGAUGGUAUAUUAAAUAAAUAAUAUAAAGGUUGGGUGAUCUAAAAUUAAUUUGAAGCAACUACAGAUAUAAUUACAAAAUGUAGUGGUAAGAAUAUUAUUGGUGGACUAAAGACUUUUGGUACUAAAAGUACAGCUACAAAAUUAAUUAAAGUACCACCUCAUUAUAAGUUGAAGUUCAAUUUGCAACUAUGGAAGUAUUAAAAUUAUAUAUAAUUUAUUUUUUAGAAUAGGAGAAUGGGAAAAUGAUGUAUUUUCUGCUUAUGUUGAUGGAGUUCCUUGGGAAAUGAAGUGGGGAUUUACAGAAGGAGGAAUUCGUCUAUGUGGAGGAUCUGAAUCAAAAAAUAGUGAUAAGGUAUUUGAUGUGGAAUUUGAAAUACUUCAUAAUUCUCCAACAGUUACAACAGUAUUGGCUACUACUGCUUAAGGGAAAGCAGAUGUAUAAGCAUGGGGAUUUAGAUAAAUAAAAAUAUCAUUUAUUCCAUGUCCAUCAGAUUGUGGGAUAUGUCAUAAUGAUAAAGUUUAAGAAUGCAAAUAUUGGAAUCAAGAAGCAUUGAGUUGGUUCCAUGUAGAUACAAAAUUGGAAGGAUGGAAAUUAGAGAAUGGUAAACCAAAAGGAUUUGAAUGUUCUGGUAUAGUAAUAUUUGGAGGAUAUGAAAAUAUUGGUGCUAAGGCUUUAUUAUCAAAUACAUUUACUAAUAUAGUACCUCAUAGUAAAGUAAUGGUGAAAUUUACUUUUUGGAAGGUAAAAUUAUGAUGAUAUAUUUUUUAGAUUGAUUUAUGGGAUAAUGAAGAAUUUUAUGUAAAAAUUGAUGAUAAAUAAGUCUAAAAAUUAGCAUUUUAAAAAACAGAUGGAAUUGAUUUAUGUGGAGCGUAAAUAUAUAUAUAUAAUUUUAGUAAAUAAACAAAUCCUGGUUAUGGAGAGAAAAUAGUAUCUAUUGAAAUAAUUUAAAAACAUUCUAGUCCAACUUUAACUAUUUCAUUUACUACAUCAUUAAAAAAUGAUCCUGAUGAAUAAUCAUGGGGAGUUCGUGAUUUCUUUUUGUUUGCAGCAUAAUGUACAAAGUUUUGUGAUGAAUGUGUUGGAACUGCUGAAAAUGAAUGCACAAAAUGUUAACCAACACAUACAUUAUAAGAUGGUAAAUGUAUUAAUAAAAAUGAAUGGUAUAUAUUAUCUAAAGAGUUCUUCACUGAUGAUUAAUUUAAUAAAAUAGAUGGAUGGACAUUUUAAGAUUUUGAUCCUGCUGGUCCAAAUCCACCAAUAACAAAAUGUGGUGAUUUAGGAUUAGUAGGUGGAUAUUAAGCUUUUGGAAAAGUAAUUAUUAUAAUAUUAUUUAUAAUUUUAGAAAGCAACAGUUUAAAAAGUGUUUAAAUUACCUAAACAUGAUUUUGUUAGAAUUAAGGCAACAGUUUAUAAAAUAGAUUAAUGGGAUGGAGAAGAAUUGACUAUGUUUGUUGAUAAUUAAGAAUUUUGGAGUUAAUUUUUAGGAUGGAAUGAUCCUGGUUAAAGUGAUAUUUGUGGUAAUCAAAAUGGAAGUUGGAAAGAAAGAAUAAUGACUAUAGAUAAAAUCAUUGCUCAUUCAUAAUCAGAAUUAACUGUUGAUUUCAAAAGCACAUUACAAAAGACUGCAGAUGAGGCUUCUUGGGGAUUUAGAGAGUUUUUACUAUUAUAUUCACCUUUAAAAGAAUGUAUUGAAGUCUUUAGUGAAUGUAAUUACAAAGGAUAAUCAUCUAAAAUUUGUGAUAAUGUUGAAUCACUCAAAGAUGUAUAUAUUGUAUUAUAUUUAGGCAUAAAUAGAAUUUGAUAUCAAAUCUAUCAAAAUUCCUGAAGGCUUGAAAAUUACAGGAUUUAAGAAUCCAGGAUUUAAAGGUGAUAGAGUAGAAUAUGAAACCAAUUAAGAAUGUAUUGACAAAAUUGAAUUCUCAUUGAUAUAAAAGUAAUUGACAGGAAAUCUGAAAUAUAUAAAUAAAUGAUUGAUUAAUAUGAAAAUAACCCUACAUUUUGGAAUAAAUUUUCAUUUGCUGGUGGACCAACACAACUUCCUAGAUCUGUAUUACAUAAAUUGGAGAAAUAAUUUAUUUAACCAAAUGGUAAAUCUAUUUUAGAAUUAUCAAAAUAUGAUCAUGAAUAUCAUCAAAUUUUAGAUUAAGCUAUUAAUGAUUUGUAAUCUCUUUUAGAUGUAAAUUUAUAUAAUAUCAUAAUUAUUAAAGAUUCCAAACUAAUACAAAAUUAUCUUUUGUUAAGGUGGAGCAUCACUUUUAUUUGAAGCAAUACCUAUGAAUUUAAUGAAAACAUAACAUAGUUCUAUAUCUUAUACAAAUACAGGAUAUUGGUCUUCAAAAGCUCUAGAAGAAGCUUAAAAAUUCUGUUAAAAUGUUAAUAUUGCUACGAAUAUUGCAGUAAAACUUAUAUUUAAUUGAAGUAAGAUGAAUUUGGUAAAAGAUUUAUUCCUGAACUUGAAUAAUGGAAUAUAAAUAAAGAAGACUCUUAUCUUCAUUAUUGUGAUAAUGAAACUGUUGAAGGAUUAGAAUAUCAAUUUAUUCCUAAAUUUAGUAGUGUUCCUAUUGUAACAGAUAUGAGUUCCAAUUUCUUAACUAAGUAUAUUAAAUCAACUAAUAAGACCUUUGGAUUGGAGUAAAUUGGACCUAGUUUAUGCACAUGCAUAAAAAAACAUUGGAAUUGCAGGUUCAACCUUAAUGAUUAUAAAACCUGAACUUAUCAAUAAUCAUCAAAAUAUUCCAUAUAUGUGGGAUUUCAAAGAAAUGUUUAAAAAAUAAUCAUUAAUCAGUAAUCUUCCAAUCUUUCCAAUUUAUGUCAAUACAUUGGUUUUUGAUUGGAUUAGAAAAUAAGGAACCUUAGAUUUCUGGGAUUAAUACUGUAAAAAAAGAUCUCAAUAAUUAUAUAAAAUUAUAGAUAAUAGUCAUGGAGUGUAUAUAAAUCAAGUAAAGAAAGAAUAAAGAUCAAGAAUUAAUAUUACAUUUACAUUAAAAGAUGAAAUUGAAACAAAUAAAUUUAUUGAUUUAUGCAAAAAUAAUAACAUUAUUGAAGUGAAAGGACAUAGAGCCAUAGGUGGAUGUAGAAUAUGUUUAUAUUUGCCUAUUCCAUAAAUAGGCAUAGAUAAAUUAUCUUUAAUUAUGGAAGAUUUUAUGAAUUGA